AUGCAGUUCCCUCCUCCUCCUCCUCCGUCGUCGUCAUCGUCCGACGUUGAAAAGUAUCUUCUUUUCUUCGCGCAAAGUCAAAACGGAAAGAAUGUCACUUGCGUUGCGCUGAACGACGAGAACGAGAAAGAGAAAGAUAUCGCGGAGAAGUUGAUGCGCGUGAUGACUCCUCCUUCUUCAUCAAACCCCCCGUUCGUGUUACCGGUGGAUUCUGCGCCGAAAGAAUCGCUUUUAGCCAUCUCGCGAUCGUUCGCGGAGAAGGAGCGAAGAGAAGAGAAGGAAAAAAGUGUAGACGAGGAGAUGGCGAAGAGCGCGAGACGAACGCUCGAGCGGUUGUUGGCGCGAAAGACGGAGGACGACAUGAUUCACUACUACGAUGAUAUCGUUGGAAAAAAAAUCCCAAUCGCAUCUGCGAGGAGCGUGAACGUGAACGUGAUGCCGAGCAGAGAUAAUGAUGGAGAGAGCAAAAGCGGGUUUACGAUUGAAGAGGAAGACGAGGCGACGUUGGCGAGGCGAGAGGACGCGUACGCGUUCUUCGGCGGAGACGCGAAUGGUGGUGGAGGUAGGUCUGAUUUCGUUCGGGGGAGCACGAGGAAUGCGCCGCAUUUGCCGGGUGGAAUGGACGAAAUAGCCGAGAAGACGGAGAAGUUUAGAAUGGAGAGGAGGAAAAGAGCGCACAGAUUUUGGUUGGAGGAGUACGUAGGCGUUGGAGAAGGAGACGACGGCCAUUCGAGUAGGGGAUGCGCGCCGCCUGGAUUUGAACGGUCCGUCAUCUCCGGGCGAGAGAGGCGAGCGACGGAUACGAUUGAUGCUUUUGACGAAGAAAGAGCCUCUGGUGUGCGUGGCGGCGAGAUUGCCGCGGCUGCGAUGGAAAGAGACCAGGAAAUGAAACGGAAAGCGGAAAAUGUGGCGAAACGAUUAGGUGUGUUGACUUUCGAGGACGUUCUGGAGAACGAUUGGAUGGAGUAUAAGAAAGAGGCGGAAGAAGACGAAGAAGAGGAGGAGGAGGAGGACGAAGAGGAGGAGGAGGAAGAAGAAGGAAGUGGGGAAGAUUUAGACGACGAUGACGGAGAAGACGACGACCCAAUCGAAAGUCUUUUGAGAGAACACGAUCAGCAAUCGACAUCCGUCGCGACGCAACUCGCCAAAGACGUCAAAGAAGAGAUGAAAAAAAUAGAAAAGUGGGCGAUUACGACGCCAAUACCUGAUGUGGAUGCAUUUUAUCGCUCAACAGUUGGCAAUUCACCAGCCAAAACUUUUCCUUUUGAAUUGGACGCGUUUCAAAAAGAAGCCAUCGCUCGCAUCGAACGCGACGAAUGCGUCUUCGUCGCCGCGCACACUUCCGCGGGCAAAACCGUCGUUGCGGAGUACGCUUUUGCGCUGGCUCAAAAACGGUGCGCGCGAGCAAUCUACACCUCUCCAAUCAAAACGAUCAGCAACCAAAAGUUUCGCGAUUUUACUGACGCAGGAUUUGACGUCGGUCUGCUCACCGGCGACGUUAGCGUAAAGCCAGAAUCGUCGUGUUUGAUUAUGACCACGGAAAUUCUACGCUCUAUGCUUUAUCGAGGCGCGGAUAUCAUCAAAGACGUCGAGUGGGUAGUUUUCGACGAAGUCCACUACGUCAACGAUCGCGAACGAGGCGUCGUCUGGGAAGAAGUCAUCAUCAUGUUGCCAAAACACGUGGGGAUUGUCAUGCUUUCCGCCACGGUACCGAACGUUCGCGAAUUCGCCGGGUGGGUAGGUAAAACGAAACGGAAAAAAGUUUUCAUCACCGGCACGAAGAAAAGACCAGUUCCGCUCGAGCACGAGCUAUAUUUUGGCGGCGACGAUCCCGACAAGGAUUUUCAUCUCGUCGGCGAAAAAGAACAGUUCCUACCGCUCGGCUACCAAAAAGCUCUGAAAGCGAAAGAGAGGAAAGAUAUGGGCGUGAAAGCUGCGCUGCUGAAAGAUCAAGGUUUGAACAAGCAAGAGGUGAAGAAACCAAACGCAGGUCGAGGAGGUGGGUCCGGCGCUGGCAGCAGAAAUCGCACGCAGCAAAGAGAAGGUUUCGUUAAGCAAUCCGUGAAAACGACUGGAAGUGGACAAUCGACGAAAACAAACACCGGUAAAAAUCAAUGGGUCGAGCUCAUACGCACGUUGGAGAAGAAAUUGUUUCUUCCCAUGGUUGUGUUUGCGUUUAGUAAACGAAAGUGCGAUUUACUCGCGGAUGGUAUCACGGGCGUAGAUUUGACGACGUCAAAAGAAAAGCAUGAAACGCACAUCUUUUGUGAAAAAGCUCUGUCUCGAUUAUCCCCGGCUGACCGAACUUUACCGCAAGUCACGAGAGUUCGUGAACUGCUCUCUCGCGGUUUAGGAGUACAUCACGCCGGUUUACUUCCAAUCGUGAAAGAAAUCGUUGAAAUGCUUUUCUGUCGCGGUAACGUGAAAGUUUUAUUCUCCACGGAAACGUUCGCAAUGGGCGUAAACGCCCCUGCGCGAUGCGUGUGCUUUGAAUCCUUGCGAAAGCACGACGGGCAAGAGUUUCGUUUCUUGUUGCCUGGUGAGUAUACGCAAAUGGCGGGUAGAGCCGGACGACGCGGGAAAGACACCGUAGGUACCGUCAUUCUUUCGUGUUGGGACAAUUUUCCAACCGAGAAUACCUUACGUAAACUUCUCGUCGGUACGGCGACGAAACUCGAAUCGCAAUUUCGAUUGACAUUUGCGAUGAUUUUGAACGUCGCGAGAGCGGAAGAUUUAAAAGUCGAAGACGUUUUGGCGAGAUCCUUCGCGGAGUUUCACGCGCAAAAAACUGUCGGAAACCGAGAGAGUAGACUUCGACACGCGAUUAUUUCUUUGACGCGAGCGAGAGAUUUGAUUUCGACAGAAGCGUCCAGGGAUCCGUUCAACUGGACGCGAGCGGUGGUGUGUUCUCGCGCUGCAAAAUUGUUAAAAGAACUCGGCGAACGCGCGAACGAAGCAAUCGUUAAAUCCAGAGGUUUUCGGGAAGCGCUCGGGAGCCCGGGUAGAGUCGUGCUCGUUAAAGACGAUAAAGGUGGGUUUGCUAGAUUUGCGGUCGCUCUACGGGUGAUCAAAGAAGAAAAGGACGGCGACGUGAAAAGAAGCGUCGUCGUCAUGGCGAUUAAGGAUGAAGGUCACGACGAUGAUUUUCAAGACGACGACGAUCUCGAUGCCUCGGUGGUUGAUACGCAACUUUCGAAGGGGGAAGAUGAAGACGCGGGCGGCUCAUCAAACCUUCGUCUCGUUUCAAAGAAGAAGAAGCACGACGACGACGAUGACGACGACAUGUUUGGCGGAUUCGGUGGAGGAAAAAGUAAGAGAGGCGGAAAGAAAAUGGGAGGAGGAGGAGGAGGAGGAGGAGGAUUGAGCAAAGCCAGUUCUGCUCAACUGACGAGUAAUCAACCCGCGAUAUCGGAGGAAAAUGCGCAACUCCCGAAAGAUUUACCGUGGAGAAAGCGCGCGGGUGGUUUUGAUUACGUCGUUUUCGUCAUUCGCGAUAUCGAUAUCUACGCAGUGACGGCUUUGAAACUUCAAGACGUAGACGCGUACGCCAUAUUAGACGAUGCUUCUCCGCCGAGAAAGGCUGAUCAGCGUGCGGCUGCGACGCGCGUUUUGUCCGUUCUCGAGCACGAAACGAAAAGUAUUCGAAACAAACAAGACGACGAUACUCCUUCGUCUUCGUUACUUUUACAAACGCUCGAUCCUACGAAGGAUUUGAAAAUCACCAAUGUCGACGACGCCGAGGCGUGUCGACGCCACGCCGAAGCCCUGGCGCAACUACCGUCGAUGCCAACUGAUGUGGAUUCAAAAAGGUUAUCGCAAUGGUCGAGACUUUUAGAUUGCGAGAGACACUUGCUCCAUCAAAUCGACCAGUUGAAAUUCGGCCUGUCUGAUGCGAAUUUAGCGCUCACGCCUGAUUUUGAGACGAAAACGAGAGUGUUGAAAUACAUGGGCUACCUCGACGAAGCGAGAGCGGUGACUUUGAAAGGUCGCGUUGCGUGCGAGUUAUCCACUGGCGACGAGUUGAUUGGCGCAGAAAUCGUUUUUGGCGGGUGCUUGGAGAAAUUGACGCCGGCGGAAGCGGCGGCUUUACUCUCGGCGUUGGUGUUUCAAGAAAAGAACGCGUCUGCACCAGAUUACGACGCUUUACCGGUGAAUUUGAAAGAUUCUAUUGCUCUCGCGAAUACUCUGGCUAUCCGUGCCGGAGACAUCCAACGAGAUUUCGGUCUUUCAGUCAUUGGCGACGAAUAUUGUGCGGAGAACUUAAAGUUUGGUUUAAGCGAAGUCGUUUAUCGAUGGGCGAUGAUGGAUCCGUUCUCGGAAAUUUGUCAAUUAACGGAUGUACCAGAAGGUACGAUCGUGAGAACUAUCACGCGAUUAAAUGAAACGUGUCGAGACGUGAAAAACGUCGCCCGAAUUAUCGGCGACGCGAGUUUAUCGCAAAAAAUGGAAGACGCGAUGGCCUUGAUUAGAAGAGACAUCGUCUUCAGCGCGAGUCUAUACGUCGGCUCUUGA